CAGACUCCCCUGCAUGUCGCAGUCUGUCUGGGGCUCAUGCCACUGGUAGAAAAGACACUCUCAGAUCUCGGCGGUGGGUCAGUGGGGACGAACAAUCAGUCACCACUCCACCUAGCAGCCAAGUUCAUAUCCGGGGUAUACAAAAUCCUGAUUGAAAAAGCCGAUUCGUCCGCCCUCACAGCACCGGGCCAAUACGGCAACACCCCGCUACACGAAGCGGUUAUUUCCGGCCAUUGGAACAUGCUGAAAGCUCUGGUGGAAAGGUUUACAACAAAUGGUAGUGCACAAAGUGACCGAGUAAACGAGACGAAUGAUUACGGCGACACUCCGCUUCAUCUCGCUGUCCAAUUCGAUCACUCGGAUAUCGUCAAGCUUCUAGUCAAGAAUGGUGCAGAUCCAACCAUUGAGAACGAGCGGAGUGUGACAGCAUUGAAAUUGGGUGAAAAGCUCGAGAGAAGAGAUAUUUUGCCUAUUCUGAAAAAAGCCGCGGAGAAUAAAGAGAAGACCCGGAAGGACCCUGAAACGGAGUAUGGGGAGCAGAUUGGCGGGGAACCCGGGGAGGUACCUGGGAAGUCUGGGGAGCCGGGGGAGGAGCCGGGAGAGGAGUAUGGGGGGGAGCAUGGGAAGAAGGCAAGGAACGAGCCUGGUGAGCAUCCUGCGGGGGAGCCUGGGGAGGAUCCUUCAGGGGAGCCUAGGGAGGAUCCUUCAGGGGAGCCUGGGGAGCACCCUACGGGGGAGCCUGGGGGGGAUCCUGCGAGGGGGGCUGGGGAGGCUCUCGAGGGGAAGCCUAAGGAGGAUCCUUCGGGGGGGGCUGGAGACAAGCGGGAGGUGGAGUUUAGAGAGAAGACAGUGAAAAAACCUAUAGAAGAUCCUAGCGGGGAGUCUCACAAGGAUUCAAAUGAUGAGUCUGAGGAGGACUCCGGGGAGGAAUUCGAGGAGGUGUCGUGGUGGGCAGGGUGGUGGAAAUGGUGGAGGAAGUUGUGUAGAAAACUGUGGAGGAAACUAUGCAGGAAACUGUGGAGGAAACCGUGGAAACUGUGGAGGAGAUUCUGUAGGAAAUUGCGGAGGAGACUCCGGAGGAUGAUGGAGACGAGACACUAGUCGAUGUUGGGGGGGAUAUGGCAAAGGGGGCUCUAGGAGGAGCUGGGUGGUGA